AUGACGGUUACAGAGAAAUCAGAGAGAGCCAAUUCAUCGAACACGAAAGUUGUAGAAAUCAAGAAGGAACAAGUAGAAGGAGGAGAAGAAGAAGAAGAAAAAGAUAUCGAUCUUUGGUUGAACGAACUGGUGAAAGAUUCCGAUUUGAAUGAUCAUCAACUUCCAAUCGAGAAAGAUCUGAUUAAUGAAGAGGAGGAUGAAGAAGACGCCGAAGAAUUGGAGAGGUCAACGAAGCGAACAAGAACCACAGAAUCAAUGAUGAAGAAUACGGCGGCGAAUGCGGAAGCAGAUGAAUCUGAAUGGGGAAUAGAUCCUCUGGAGAUAACCGAGGAAAUCGUAUUGAAAUACCGCGACUUCAUUCAUGACAUUUUUCAAAUGUUGAAAGAUGAACAGAAGGAAGAUAAAGAGAAGGAAGAUGAAGAGAAUGAAGCAAAAAUCCAAUGGCAGAAAUGGAGCGAGAUUCUUGAGAGGGCAAAAGUCCUGGUUGAAACUCUGAAUCGAGGUCUGGGAACACUGGCUUUAGAAAUGGAAUGGAUGAAAUCCAUAGAUGAAUUUGAGAAGGAAUAUACUCUCAGAGAAACCCAUGUUCCUGAUCUAUUAGCUCUACUUCGAGACAUAAAUACAGGUAUAGAAUCUUCCACACAUUUCAGGCUAGUUUCAGACAUGAAGAACAGGGAUGAAGUGUUAUCAAUGUGUUUAGAUGAGCUUGAGAGAUCCAAUGAAGAAUUGACUGAAAUGGUAGAGGUAAUCCAAGAACUGAAGGAAUUAGAAUUACAAGAUGUUGAAGAAGAUGGAGAAGAUGGAGAAGAUGGAGAAGAUGAAUUAGUAUUAGAAUUAGAAGAUGAUGAAUAUGAAGAAUUAGAUCUAGAAGUUGAUGAAAAAACAGAGUAA